UGUAAGAAGAAAAGGUUGAACUGGAGAGAAGAACUUAGGAAUUUGAUGCUAAGAUAUAAAGCCAUGAGGAAAAGAUACAGAGUCAAGAUGAGAAGAUACAGUUCAGGAAGAGAAGUUACAAAUGCAAGGUAUGGAAAUGCAGCAACUACGAGAAUCACAAGAGAAACUUCAAAAGAAGAUGGAGGCAUUAGCUGCCACACUAAAUCAGAGAUGAGCAUUUACCUCCUUCAGUGCAAGAUGUCGAAGAAUUUGAAUGAGCAAUAUAUAGAUGCC